UUUAAUUUUAAAAGUGACAAGUGUUUUUGUUUUUUUCCUCCAAAAAAAAAAAAUUUCUUUCUUUCAAAUAAUCUUAAAAAAAGUGCUUAACUCAAUAAAUUAAUAACUAAAUAAGAAAUUAAAACAAAAAAUAGAUUUCUUUUAUAAAAAAAAGUAAAUUAAAAAAAUCUACACUUCAAUUUUCUUCGCCGAGAUCAAAGUUGAGUGUAGUUUUUUUCGUUUGUUUAAAUUCUUUUUACUAAAAAGUGGCACAAAUCGGGUUGGACGUAGCUCCUAGAGCAUUAAUGGCUCAACCUAGGUAUGACGAUGGCCUGCAUGGCUAUGGUAUGGAUUCGGGUGCUGCAGCAGCUGCCAUGUAUGAUCCACAUGUUGGUCAUCGGCCGCCUGGAUUACAAGGCCUACCAUCACAUCAUUCACCACACAUGACACAUGCUGCUGCAGCAGCGGCCACAGUUGGAAUGCAUGGCUACCAUACAGCUGGCGCUGGUGGCCAUGGUACCCCUAGUCAUGUAUCACCGGUUGCUAAUCAUUUAAUGGGUGCAAUACCCGAAGUACAUAAACGUGAUAAGGAUGCUAUAUAUGAACAUCCCCUAUUCCCGCUGUUGGCUCUGAUAUUUGAAAAAUGUGAAUUGGCCACAUGUACGCCCAGAGAACCUGGUGUGCAAGGUGGUGAUGUAUGUUCGUCAGAAUCAUUUAAUGAAGAUAUUGCAAUGUUUAGUAAACAGAUCAGAUCACAAAAACCCUACUACUCAGCAGAUCCCGAAGUCGAUUCACUGAUGGUGCAAGCAAUACAAGUACUUCGGUUUCACCUUUUAGAAUUAGAAAAAGUACAUGAACUAUGCGAUAAUUUCUGUCAUCGAUAUAUAUCAUGUCUAAAGGGUAAAAUGCCAAUAGAUUUAGUAAUUGACGAACGGGACACCACCAAACCACCAGAAUUGGGUUCAGCUAAUGGUGAAGGAAGAAGUAAUGCCGAUUCAACAUCACACACCGAUGGAGCUAGUACACCAGACGUUCCUUCAACUACUGAAAGCCCUAAAAGCUGGAAAUUCUUUAAAGCGAACAAGCAGUCUGAACGGCCACCUAGUUCAUCAUUAUCAUAUGGAGGAGCCAUGAACGAUGAUGCUAGAUCGCCGGGCGCUGGUAGUACACCUGGUCCUUUAUCUCAACAACCACCUGUCCUAGAUACAGCAGACCCUGAUGGUAAGUUCUUAUCAUCACUAAAUCCUACAGAACUAACAUAUGAUGGUCGAUGGUGUCGAAGAGAAUGGUCAUCACCUGCCGCCGAUACUAGAAAUGCCGAUGCCUCAAGACGAUUAUAUUCCUCAGUCUUCCUGGGUAGUCCCGACAAUUACGGCACAAGUGCAAGUGGCGAUGCCAGCAAUGCUAGUAUAGGUAGCGGCGAGGGCACCGGCGAAGAGGAUGACGAUGCGAGUGGCAAAAAGAACCAAAAGAAACGUGGCAUUUUCCCAAAAGUAGCAACAAAUAUUUUAAGAGCGUGGCUGUUUCAGCAUUUAACACAUCCCUACCCCUCCGAAGAUCAGAAAAAACAAUUGGCACAAGAUACCGGCCUUACGAUACUGCAAGUAAACAAUUGGUUCAUUAAUGCGAGACGAAGAAUUGUACAGCCAAUGAUUGAUCAAUCAAAUCGUGCAGUCUACACCCCCCAUGCUGGUCCCUCCGGCUAUGGCCAUGAUCCCAUGGGCUACAUGAUGGACAGUCAAGCCCAUAUGAUGCAUCGUCCUCCCGGUGAUCCUGGUUUCCAUCAAGCAUAUCCUCAUUAUCCCCACGCUGCUGAAUACUAUGGUCAACAUUUGUAAUCAAGUUUAGCUAUAAAAUCUCAUUAAACAGAUAAACAAAAUACACAACAGCAAACAAAAAAACCAACAACAACUAACUACAAAAAUAAUAGUUGGCAAAGUUUUAAAAAUCCACUACUAUAUAUUUAUAUAUAUAGAGAGAGAAAACAAAGGAGACCAAAACCAAAAUCUUAGAGAAAAUAUAUAAGUCCUAAAUACAAGAAUAAAAUAAAAAAAAAAUACAAAAACGUAACAGCAGCAACUUACAAAACAGCAACUAAGCAACAGCAACUAGGGCAAGGGAUACAAAAUUAUUUAGUUGUUUAUUUUAAUUAAUUCAAAAACAAGGAGUAAACUACCGGAUAUACGUAAAAAUUUAAACUUUUUCAAAAGCUUUAAUAAUAAAAUAAAAUUUGCAGCAAACAGCAAAAUUACACAAAGAAAGGUUUUCAAAUAAAUAAAAAAUAAAGAACUUCUUCAAUCACCUAGUGUUUUAUGGAAAUUUCUUUAUAACAAAACUAUACAAACAUCUUGAGAAAAACGCCCCCCUCCCCCAAAUAAACAAAAGGACACAUGUUUUAAAUUUAUGUUGAAUUUAACUUUAAAAACUAACUAACAGCGAAUUUAUUUUUUGAAAAAAAAAACAUCACAUCUAUUUUUUUGGUUAAUAUUAGUUAAAAAAAAAGAAAACCUCUGUUUUAAAUAUAAGUUCUAACUACUAAUUUUAUAAAUAUUUAAAGCAAAUGAUCUCCUUAUUUAGAAGCCCCCGAGCUGAACAUAAAUUGCAAAGAUGAUAAAGAAAACUUGUUAAGAAAAUGUUGCAAAAAGGAAAUAAAUAAUUAUAUAAAUACAAGCAAAUUCCGAAUAUAAAAAUUUUGAAUUCAAAUCUACUUAAAAAAAAAUAACAACAAAAAAACACAGUAAAAUGAAUUUAGUUAAAGAAAAAGAAAGAAAAAUGUGAAAAAACUUUACAUAAACAAAAACUUAAAUUAAUAUUUAUCAUUAUAAGGCAAACAAAAACAUACAUAUGUAUACAUAAUUUAAUAAAUUAAUUAUAAAAUAAUAUAAAUUAAAACCUAAAAA